CAAAUUAAUUAAGAUAAAGGUUAUAACUACAUCAUUUUGACAAAGAAUAUGUACCUAUAUGUAGUGCGCAUGGAAAAAAAAGUUGGAUCAUGUUAAUCUUAAGUCAAAAAAUAAUGGACCAUUUUGAGUUUUUCCUCAUAACUUUCUUUUGUUCAUAGUAAUAAACUAAUAAUAUAUAUAUGGAGUGAAGUGUAGUACAAAGGUCCCCAUUAUUCUCUCUCUAGAUUUUCUCUCUCUAUCGAAUUUCUCCCCAAUUUGGGAAAAUCACUCUCUUCUCUCUCUCUCAAAAUCGCAAAUCGAUACAUACACAUCGUGUAUCUAUAUGUCUGUUCUCUUACGUAAACCUAGGGUUUUGGUUAUCGGAAUUCAGAUUUGAAUUUCACGGCGGCGCCGGAAAACUGAGGGUUUUUGGAAUCGUUACGUUUUUUUUGGGGAUCUGUGUGAUUUGAAAUGGAUACGACGUCAAUGGCGGUAGGGAGUAACAAGGAUGUUAAGGAUGUUUCGUCUUCGACGGCGGCGGUGACGGCAGCGGCGGCGGCGGUGGCUGAGGAUGACGGAGCGAUGACGGUUAAUUCAGGACUUGCGAAGGAGGCGGCGUUGCUUUUUCAGUCGGGGAAGUAUGCGGAGUGUGUUAGAGUUUUGUAUCAGUUGUUGCAGAAAAAGGAAGGCGAUCCAAAGGUUCUACAUAACCUUGCGAUUGCUCUGAACUUUCAAGAUGAUUGCUCCCAUCCUAAGAAACUGAUGGAUGAACUUAAUUAUGCAAAGAAAAGAAGCGACGAGCUUGCUUGUGCUGCUGGUGACCAGGCAGAGCCUGCUAAUAAUGGUGGAGCCAAAGCUGUGACAGGAGCUAAUGGAAAUAACAGUGGGCCAAGGCAGCUAUCCUCUCAACAUAGUUCCAAACUUGUUUAUGCUGAAGGGUUUGACCCCUCGGUGACCAUGUACAAUCUUGCAGUUUGCUGGUUUCAUUUGCAUGAACAUGCAAAGGCAUUUUCAAUUUUGGAAGGAUUGUUUCAGAAAAUUGAACCAAUAGAUGAGGAAAUAGCCAAGCGCAUUUGCCUCUUACUGUUGGAUGUUGCAUUACUUACUCGAAAUGCAGCAAGAUCAGCUGAUGUGAUCAGCUAUGUGGAGAAGGUCUUUUGUAGCAGUAGUUUAUUGAGUCAAGUUGACAGUGGAAACUCUGCACUGCCAACAGCUUCAGCUGUUUUGAAAUCAGCUUCGUUUCCCAGCAAUUCUACUAUUCCUGAUGCAUCUAAUCCAGAUUCACCUGUUGCUGGGAUAUCCUCUGAAGGUUCUCUGACUCGGACAUUAUCAGAAGAGGGACUUGAAGACGAGCAAGCUCUGCAUUUAAUAUCGUCCAUGGAGAUUGGUGGGCAGAACCUACCACGACAGUCUGGCUUGAAAUCUUCAAAUGAUUCAACAAGGAGCCAAACUGAUGAAUCUAUCUCAACUGCUGAUAUGAGGAUUAAACUGCACCUUAGCAAGGUCCAAUUUCUUCUCCUCACCAGGAAUCUUAAGGCAGCUAAGCGUGAAGUUAAGAUGGCUAUGAACACAGCACGGGGGAAAGAUCAUUCUACGGCUCUCUAUUUGAAGUCCCAGCUUGAAUAUGCUCGUGGAAAUCAUCGAAAAGCAAUCAAGCUCUUGAUGGCAUCAAGUAAUCGGGCAGAAACGGGAAUAUCUAGCUUGUACUACAACAACCUGGGGUGCAUAUAUUAUCGACUUGGCAAACAUCACACUUCUUCUGUGUUUUUUGCCAAGGCUCUGAGUAAUAGCUCGUCUCCAUGGAAAGAGCGACCUUUAAAGCUCUCAACCAUCUCACAGGAUAAGUCUCUUCUCAUAACAUAUAACUGUGGUGUGCAGUACCUGGCCUGUGGGAAACCAUUGCAGGCUGCAAACUGUUUCUAUAAGGCUAGUCAGGUUUUCUACAAUAAGCCUCUUUUAUGGUUACGAGUUGCAGAAUGUUGUCUAAUGGCUCUUGAGCAGGGACUGCUCAAGUCCAAUGAUGUUGUGGCUUCUGACAGGUCUGAAGUUAAAGUUCAUGUUGUUGGGCAAGGAAAAUGGAGGCGACUUGUUAUGGAAGAUGGGAUAUCAAGAAAUGGACAAGAAAGUUUUCCUGGUAAGGAAGAUUUGGCGACCAAGGAUAGACAGCCUAAGUUAUCGGUGCCACUUGCUCGUCAGUGUCUUCUGAAUGCGUUGCAUUUAUUGAACCAUUCUGAAUCGAAAGGUAACAAAUCCACACAGCCUCAUGCUUCUGGUUCGGAGGAUAGUGAGACAAGAGAAGCAGUACCAUCCAAGACCAUGAACUGUAAGAAUGGAUCAACUGCCGACCCUAAGGCACUGAAUGCGCCAACUUCAGGUCAGGUUAGUGCAAACGGGGAGGUGAAAGAGCAAAAGGGUGUGGGCAGUCAAAAUGCAUCCUUCUUGAGUUCUAUUGGUGAGUAUGAAGCUUCUUGUAGAAAAGAGAAUCUGAUGAUUGAGCAAGCUGUAUUGGCUGAUUUGGCUUUUGUAGAGCUGGAAUUGGGAAAUCCAUUGAAGGCCGUUACAAUUGCAAGAUCUCUAUUGAAAGUCCAAGAAUGUUCUAGAAUAUACAUCUUUCUAGGCAAUGUGUAUGCAGCUGAAGCUCUAUGCUUGCUAAACCGGCCAAAGGAAGCUGCAGAACAUUUGUCAACGUAUAUAUCCGGUGGCAAGGUUGUUGAUCUGCCGUUCAGUGAAGAGGAUUCUGAAAUGUGGAGACAGGAGAAAACGUUCGAUUCUGAAGAUACUAAUGUUGGAUCAGCGGCUUUGAAUUCCUUUAUAUCAGAGGAAUCUCAAGCAUUUGUGUUUGUUAAGCCAGAAGAGGCCCGUGGAAUUCUCUUUGCAAACUUAGCUGCCACAUGUGCUUUGCAAGGCGACAUUGAACAGGCUCAAAAUUAUGUGGUACAAGCACUUUCAACGAAACCUCAACAUCCAGAAGCUAUUCUCACUGCAGUAUACGUGGAUCUUUUGCGUGGGAAGGCAGAAGAAGCUAUCACCAAGUUGAAACAAUGUAGUCAUAUUAGAUUCCUACCAGGCAGUUCGACUUUGAAAGGUUCAUCGUGAUGAUUUGUAUCAGUGGUUUUUACUGUUGUUGUCCAGCCCACCUUUCAGUUAUGAGUUAGCAGUAGUUCAGGAAUCCCUUGAUAGAGUAUAUGUAUCAUAUAUAUAGCUCAAUUCAGGAAUAAGUUUUCGUUUUCCAAAUUUUUAUGAUUUGCAGUUUUAGAGUUGAGGAAGUGAUAGUGGGUGGCUGGUGGGGCUAAGAUUAUUUUGGGAUGUAUUUUUCAUGCAGAGAGCCUUUAGUCUGUCUAGUUCCCUUUUAGAGAUAUCUAGAUGAAUCGUGAACUUAUCAGUUCUUUCAUAAAUUUAUUUCAAUCCCUCAA